CCGCGGCCAGCAGAGAACUACAUGUCCCAGAAGCCCCGGCGAAAGCAAAACUCCCAACUUCCGGAGCAUCGUUCCCUGUCUGCACCUUCAAAGGACCGCACGAGGCUCGGGCAGGCGACCUCGUCCGGAGGCACAUGGCGACCGACACGUCCAGGGAGGUGGUGGGCUCAGGUCCGGAAGGAGCGGAUGUAGGCCGCCGGAGGCGGAGCCGUCGUCUCGGGCUGCGCACUGACGCCACUUCCGCUGGGGGCGGGGCCGGCCUGUCCCGCGCAAAUUGAAAAGCCGGCCCUUUGGCGCUCGCCUGCAGCCUGGCUGCUUGUGUUCUACGCCGCUCGCCUCGGGUACUGUGGCCCAAGCCAAACGAAGCGUGUCGUCUGGAAUGGGUUUGCGAGCCGCUCCUGAACAUCCCUGUGAGACAGUGGGAUAAAGCGGAGAAGUUGCUGCCGUUGGGUGCCCUGAGAUCUGUGCGCUGAGCCAUCCUUACCAUGCUAAAGGGAAAAUAUUUAUUCUAGGACCUUUACCUAGCCUAGAAGACACUUAUAUAAGUUGGAUGAAAUGUGUAUUAUGUUUUUCUCAGAGUGAAAGAAAGCUCUAUGUAGAGACAUCGAGAAGUGGGAGACUAAUUGUUUUUCUCAAGCUGGGGCUUGAUGACCACCUGCACCAAACGACCUCUUGUGUCUAAAAUUCAAAAUCCCUGGGCUCGCUCCUGUAGCUGAAAGUGGAGUUGAGAUUCUGUGAACUUCUACAGUUUGAGAAUCGUUGACUAGAGCAUCACAGCUCUGAUAAGGUGUCAACAGGUUAAGUUGGCACUAUGGGGAUACAAGGAUUACUCCAGUUUAUCAAAGAAGCUUCUGAACCCAUCCACGUGAGAAAGUAUAAAGGACAGGUAGUAGCUGUGGAUACAUACUGCUGGCUUCACAAAGGAGCUAUUGCUUGUGCUGAAAAACUAGCCAGAGGUGAACCUACUGAUAAGUAUGUAGGAUUUUGUAUGAAGUUUGUAAAUAUGUUACUGUCUCAUGGGAUCAAGCCUAUUCUUGUAUUUGAUGGAUGUACUUUACCUUCUAAAAAGGAAGUGGAAGAGUCUAGAAGAGAAAGGCGACAAGCCAAUCUUCUUAAGGGAAAGCAACUUCUUCGUGAGGGGAAAGUCUCAGAAGCCAGAGAGUGUUUUACCCGCUCAAUCAAUAUCACACACGCGAUGGCCCACAAAGUAAUUAAAGCUGCUCGGUCCCAGGGAGUAGACUGUCUUGUGGCUCCAUAUGAAGCUGACGCGCAGCUGGCCUAUCUGAACAGGGCUGGCAUUGUACAAGCUAUAAUCACAGAGGACUCUGAUCUCCUAGCCUUUGGCUGUAAGAAGGUUAUUUUAAAAAUGGACCAGCUUGGAAACGGACUAGAAAUCGAUCAGGCGCGGCUGGGAAUGUGCAGACAGCUCGGGGACGUGUUCACAGAGGAGAAGUUCCGUUACAUGUGUAUCCUCUCUGGCUGUGACUAUCUCUCGUCACUGCGUGGUAUCGGGUUAGCCAAGGCAUGCAAACUGCUAAGAUUAGCCAAUAAUCCAGAUAUUGUAAAGGUUAUCAAGAAAAUUGGGCAUUAUCUCAAGAUGAAUAUAACAGUACCAGAGGAUUACAUCAAAGGCUUUAUUCGAGCCAACAACACCUUCCUUUAUCAGCUAGUUUUUGAUCCCAUCAAAAGGAAACUCAUUCCUCUCAAUGCCUAUGAGGAUGACAUUGAUCCUGAAACACUAAGCUACGCUGGGUGGUAUGUUGAUGAUUCUGUAGCUCUUCAAAUAGCACUUGGAAAUAAAGACAUAAAUACUUUGGAACAGAUCGAUGACUACAAUCCAGACACUGCUACGCCUGCCCAAUCCAGAAGUCAUAAUUGGAAUGACAGAACAUGCCAAAAGUCAUCUAAUGUGAAUAGCAUUUGGCAUAGAAAUCAUUGCUCUAGACUUGAGCUGGAUAUUGUUUCAAAGGCUACACCAUUGAAGGAAGAUCCAACUGUUGUGGGCGUUGAACAAGUGAUUAGUACUAAAAAGUUAAAUCUUCGAAAGAAGAUAUCUGUGGUAAAAAGACCAAGAAGUGAAGAGCUGUCAGAAGAUGACCUACUGAGUCAGUAUUCUCUUUCAUGUACAAAGAAGACCAAGAAAGAUAACUGUGAAGGUAAUAAAUCACUGAACUCUUCUGAAAUGUUCACGCCUGACCUGGUAGAUGGAACUGCUAGGAAAAAAAGCACAAGCACGCCGCCUAGGACAAGAAAUAAAUUUGCCACAUUUUUACAGAGAAAAAACAAAGAAAAUGAUGCCGUUGUGGUUCCAGGGACCAGAAGCAGGUUUUUUUGUAGUUCCCUAGAUCCUGCUGACUGUGUAUCAAAGAAAGAAAGCAGCCAGCCUUUAGAUGAAAGUGCUGUCACAGACGAAGAGACCCAUCUAAAAGAAUCAGAUUGUCUCGAAGGCAAGAGGCUGGCUGAUACAGACGUAGCACGUAAUUCAAGCGAUCAGAGGCUGGCUGAUACAGAUGUAGCAUGUAAUUCAAGUGAUCAGAUUCCUGAUGAUGUAUCCAUGUUUGCUGCUGAAGAGUCUCAGUCUUUGAAGACCAACCAGUUCACAAGGACCAUCUCACCACCCACUCUGGGGACUCUAAGAAGUUGUUUCAGUUGGUCUGGAAGUCUUGGAGAUUUUUCCAGAAGUCCUAGCCCUUCUCCAAGGACAGCACUGCAGCGGUUCCGCAGAGAGAGUGAUUCUCCCACCUCUCUGUCCGAGAAGAGUGAGAUGGCUGCUAUAUCUCCGUCAAACAGUGGUGAGUCAGGUGAUGAAUCUCAUCCCUCACGUGAAGUGGGGCGGCCUUCACACUCUCAGGAAUGCAUAGAGUUGUCACCGCAUGAUUUGAAUGUAUCAAAACUUUCUCAACCUUCUAGUAAAGAUUCAGAUUCAGAGGGAUCUGACUGUAAUUUUAAGUCACUUGAUAAUCAAGAUUACCAAAACUCCAAGCUGCAUUUAUCUCACUUUUCGAAAAAAGACAGACUUCGAAGGAACAAGGUUCCCGGGCUGUAUAAAUCUAGUUCCGCAGAGUCUCUUUCUACAACCAAGAUCAAGCCCCUAGUACCUGCCAAGGUCAGUGGGCUGAGUAAGAAGGCAGCAAGCCUCCAGAGAAAGAACCAUCCUAACGCUGAGAACAAGCCAGGACUGCAGAUAAAAAUCAGUGAGCUCUGGAGAAAUUUUGGAUUUAAAAAAAAUUCUGAAAAGCUUCCUUCUUGUAAGAAGCCAGCUCCCCUGUCUCCAGUCGAAGACAACAUCCAACUAACUCCAGAUGCAGAAGAUGAUAUAUUUAACAAACCCGAAUGUACUCGUGUUCAGAGAGCAAUAUUCCAGUAACGCAGGCUGCUUGGGAGGCUGUUGCCUGCAAGAGGAUCUCAAUCAAUUUGAAGUCCCUAUUUGGGAAUGAGGCAGUUACCAGCCUGAAAGAUUUGUUUUUAAAUCUAUGUCAUUUUUAAAAUAGAGUACAUUUUGUAUAUUAACUAUGUAAUUGUUUCUUUUGCUCAGCUUUUUAUAUUUUCGUAAGAAGCUAAAUAGAGGAAUCAUUUUUAUCUCUGACAGCUUGUUGAAAGUUUUAAUGUGAAUUGUGCAAGUUCCCUGAAAUUUAAAAAAAUCUACUCUAAAGAUAUCUAUAAUGUUGUCACAUAUAAGGAUAAGUGAAAAACCACAAUUCUAUAAUCAUUUUAUUCUAGAGAAAAAUCACUGUAUUUCUUCAGGCUUUAAAAUUUCCCCACCUGCUUUUCCUGUCUGUUCUUCAGGUUGAAUUGAAGAUAAAGUUACUGGGCUGAGGCGGGUGGCUGGUCAGGUGGAAGAGCAUUACAUGUCUGGGAUGAUGCUCUGGUAUCCCUCAAGUGUGGCUGGGUUACAGGUUGACACUGGUGGAAAACUGCUUUCAGCCUAAUAUAAAAUGAACUACUACUUAUGCCAUUAAUAACUUUAAACUUCAGAAAUAUCCUCAGUGUUUCUUAAUAUGUCUUAAAGUGUGGGCCGAGAACUCCUUAAUACAUAUUAAAACUAAGAUCCCUAAAGGCAAUAUGAAGUACCAGAACUACAGGGUCUGUGAUAUGUACAUUCUGCAAAACAAUAGGCAAAUGCCUGGAAAGAGAACCACUUAUACAAGUGAAGAUCUGACGUGACAGGAAGUAUAGGGAAUAUAAACGUAUCUGAGAUAUAAAGGAUGGAUGAAGGGGACACAGUAUUUUAAUUUUUAAGUGAGACUUAGGCGACUCUUGGAUGAAUGAGUCGAAAUGGAACAAAAACAAUACAUCAAAAUUGUAAAAACCAGCAAAAAAAACAUAGAUCCCACAAAAGAUCUAAUUAAAAUAUAUUCAUUUCCUGGGGCUGCCAUAGCAAAGUACCACAAACCGGGCAGCUUAACAAUGGAAAUUUAUUCUCUGAACAGCUUGGAGGCUAAAAGUCUGAAAUCAAGGUGCUGACAAGGCUGGUUCCUUCUGGAAGGUUCUGAGUGUCUUUUCCAUGCCUCUUUUCUAGCUCUGGUGGCUGCCCGCCAUCUUGGCAUUCGUUGAUUUGUAGAGGAAUUACACCACUCUGCCUCUGUUGUCACAUGGCAUCCUUCCCCAUGUGUCUCUGUGUCUUAUAAGGAUAC